ACCGGUAGGAAUCCUCGUUAAACCCAAAUAAACUAGUUCUACUUGUCCGUUCACCUUUAGGAUUCCUCCUUCCUAUCGAAACCCUUAUAUAGACCAAACAGCCUAAAAAACGCUUAUGUAUUCAAACAAUAAACACCGCCAUGUUUGAAAACCACCAAGAAAUAGAAAUAAGAAACAAUGUUCUUGAAGCCUCUUGGCGCAAGGGAAUUGUAGUCGACAACAGAAUAUUGAUCGAUGGAGACUCCAAACAACCACCAUUAGAACUCAGUUCCUAUUCUAGCCGCUUGAGGCCAUUGCCUCCUCCUGUGGCUUUUGGAAUUUGGGAUUUGCCUUUUGGGUUGCAUGUGGAUGUGAAUAGCAGAAAGGCAUGGAGGGAAGGCGUAAUUUUUGAUUAUAAUUAUGAGUGUAAAGUAAGAACAGUUUUUUUGCCUGAUUGCGGCAGUGAAAUAAAGGCUGAAAUUGAGAAUUUGAGAAUAAGUCAAGAAUGGGAUCGCCUUACCGGAACAUGGAAGCGUCGUGGAAGCUGGCCGUUGCUCGGGUUAAUUGAGGAGUGCGAUAAGGAUUUGCCUACCGGUGCUGAUAUUCCUGCCAUUGCCAAGCAGGUUUGGUUUGCUAUGUUUGAAAAGUUUCUGCAGUGUAAUUACAUGUCUAAACCGCUGUGUAAGGAACUAGUUUGUCAGUUUCUAAACAGUGAUGUAGUUGUUGACUCAGUACAGAAAAAAGCAAGUAAGGGCAAAGAAUCAAAACCAAAAUCCAGAAAAAGAAAAAGGAAACCUGAGAGUUGGAUUUAUGUUGACCCUAUGGAGUUAGGUGGAGCAGAGUAUUGCCCGAAUGCUAUUACUGACUAUGCUUGUGUUUUCGCCAACUCUCAGAAGCCUUCAGAGCCUCUUGUGCUUAGGAUGAGAAAACAUCUUUUGUAUUUGGGUUGGAAAAUUGAGCGGAUGAAGUAUAAAGAUUCUGAAAACAUAUUUAGAUUUCGAUACACUUCACCUGAUGGCAAGAAAUAUCUUUCACUAAAUCAGCUUUCUAAGGAUUUGGGACCCAGAAAUAGCUUGGAGUGGAAUGUUGGUGAUUACAAACUGCCAAAAAGAUCAGGCAAAAGAGUCAAUUUUCCUACUAUCUUGUCUUUGUUGAUAGAAAAUAAUGUGGUGGCUGUAGGAAUGAAAGUGCAUUACAGUGGUGGCAAGAAUUAUGAUCAAUCAUAUGGGAGGAUAACUCGUGACGGAAUUCAGUGCAUUUGCUGUGAUAAUGUAUUUUCUCUUAGUGAAUUUGAAGCUCAUGCUGGUAGCACAAGACACAGGCCAUCUGAGCAUAUUUUUUUGGAAGAUGGCAGGUCAUUGUUAGAUUGUAAAAAGAAAUUGGGACGUGAAGGCAGACAAAGGAUCACUAUAAAGUCUUCUAAAAGGAGAAAGGAUCAACCUUUUGAAGAUAUUCAGGAUGGCAAUGAUCAUAUAUGUUCUAUUUGUCUCGAUGGUGGUGAUUUGAUUUUAUGCGAUAAGUGCCCAUCAGCUUUCCAUAAAGAUUGUAUUGGCUUGCAGGUUAUUCCAGAUGGGGACUGGUUUUGUCCACUGUGUUGCUGUAAGAUAUGUUCUCACUAUGAGAAUGAGAAUCUUCAACAAGAUGAUGGUUGCAUCCAUAGUUGUCACCAGUGCAUGCGUAAAUUUCAUCUUGGCUGCGCAAGAGAUAAAGGGUCAAUCAAAUUGGAAAGAAAAGACAAUUGGUAUUGCAGCAACAAAUGUGAAGAGAUAUCUUUAGCUCUUCAAAAGCUAAUAGGACAACCAAUUCUGGUAGGUGAAGGUGAAAGUGAAGGUGAAGAUAAUCUAAGUUGGAUACUGUUGAAGUCUUCUAAGAAUGAUACCUCAGAUGAAAUGUUGUUGAGUGAUAAUAACAGAGUCAGACUUACUCGUGCUCUUGAAGCAAUGCGUGAAUGUUUUGAGCCAGUUGAAGACGCCUAUUCAGGAAGAGAUCUCAUGGAAGAUGUGAUAUUUGGUAAAGAAUCCAAACUCAGUCGCUUGAACUUCCAGGGAUUCUACACAGUGAUUUUAGAGAGGGACAAUGAAGUAAUUACUGUUGCUAAUGUGCGCAUUUUGGGAGAUAAGUUGGCUGAGGUGCCUCUUAUUGCCACCAGAUUUCAAUAUAGAAGACUUGGGAUGUGCAGAAUUCUGAUGGAUCAACUUGAAAAGCUCCUAAUUUCAUUAGGAGUAGAGCAUCUAGUUUUACCUGCUGCUUCUGUCACACUAGACACAUGGAUUGGCAGUUUUGGCUUUAAUGUUAUGACAGAUAAUGACAGAAAUGAAUAUUUGGGUUAUUCGUUUCUGGAUUUCCAAGGUACUAUCAUGUGCCAGAAAUCCUUAAGAAAUAGCUCUUCUGGGUCAUGUGUUUGAGUCUAGGGAAUUAACAAAUUUUGAUUGUAGAUAUACCUUGUCAAGUGAAUUUUGAUUGUAAUUUUUGGGACAGUAUAUGCCUUUUUCUUGUAAAUUUGGUUGGUUAAAAACUAAAUUUUGGAACAGUAUAUGCCUUGUUGAUUGUAAAUUUUGGUUGGUUAAGAA